AUGCGCAGCGCCUACAACGAUGCCUCCAACUAUACUGCCUGUAAUACCCCAAUUGUUAAUGACGGAAUUUGGAUUACCAAUGGCACCUUUUUGGCUUACGUAAACGGCACCAACGUAACUCUCGAGGACGGAACUGUUAUCCCGGUCAUUGCAACGCCCGCGCAAGCACGUUCCUACAUCGGCAGCAUCCCCCAUAACAGAGCCAUGGUCUGGUCAGGUGUCGGUCUCAACGAGAGCAAGCUCAUCGCCCAACGUUACGGCUGGACUACCAUCGAAAUGGCCGUCACGCCAGAGAUCAGUUACCACCCUUGGGCCCAGUAUCUCGAGUUUAAUUCGUACUAUAAGUGCUUUUGGGAAAUGAUGUCGUAG